AUGUCACACAAGCGCGCGGUUGAGGCUUUGAACCGGAGCCUGCUGGACAUCCGCAGCAAUGAGACGCUGAUGGGAGGUGCUGUUGUUGUACUCACUGGUGAUUUUCGGCAAACUCUUCCAGUUAUCGAAAAGGGUACACCGGCAGAUGAAAUGAACGCGUGUCUCAAGGCUUCGUCACUUUGGUCCCACGUAGAAAAACUCCACUUUACUCGGAAUAUGCGUGCACAACUUUACAAUGAUACAGAGUCAGUAGCUACCGAGGAAGAACUACUCGCCAAUGUAUUUCCCGAUUUAAAAAACAAAAUAAAUAAUGAGGAGUGGUUGUUUGAGAGAGCAGUACUGUCGCCAAAAAAUGAAUUAGUGAAUAAAAUAAACAACAAGGUAUUAGAUGUAGUAGAUGGCGCAUCGAGGGUGUACACGUCCAUAGACACGGUGAUGGCAAGCGAUGACAGCACUGCGUAUCCCGUGGAGUUUCUCAACUCAUUAGAAUUGACGGGCGUACCGCCCCACAAGCUGGAGCUGAAGGUUGGCGUCCCAGUUUUGUUGAUGCGUAAUCUUGACGCUCCGCGAUUGUGCAACGGCACAAGAUUACAAAUCAGCGAACUGGGAAGAAACAUUGUGCGAGCAACAAUACUUACGGGAGCAGCUAAAGGCGAGAGCGUGUUGAUUCCCCCCCCCCCCCGCAUACUCAUUAUACCCCACAAUUUUCCAUUCCAGUUCAAAAGGCUGCAGUUCCCAUUGAAAUUGGCAUUUGCUAUGACCAUCAAUAAGUCCCAGGGACAAACCCUAAAAGUGGCCGGCAUGCAUUUGGGCAUUCCCUGCUUUACCCAUGGCCAACUCUAUGUGGCAUGUUCUCGAGUGUCAAGUGCAAGGAACCUGGUAUCCAGUCCCAAACCGAAGACCAUGUCACUACCCAUUCUCAGGCCCGCCGACAGGGUAUCCAGUCCCAAACCGAAGGCCAUGUCACUACCCAUUCUCACGCCCGCCUACAGGGUAUCCAACCUCAAACCGAAAGCCAUGAUGAAAAGAAAUAAAUGUAACAAAAUAAGACAAUAAACAAGAAAUAUAUAAAAAUUGUGAAAGUAUAAUAAAUAAAGAAAUAAAACUAAUAGAAUAAGUUAUAUAGCAUGUAAAAAUUAAGAAGUAAAGAGAAAGAAACAAAUGUAAAAUCAGAACACAUUUAAUAAAACAUAGUAUUAUAAGAACCCAAACACCUUAUCCCAUAUUCCAUAGAUAUAAAAAUAAAUAAGAUAAAUAAAUAAAAGUAGAAUAG